AUGGGUAAUUCAAGCAGUAGUACAGAAGAAGAUGAGGAAGACCAUAUAAAAAGGCCUAUUCAACCUAGAAGAGACGGCGCAAAAGUAGUAGUACGAGGUUCUGUUUAUAGUGGAUAUCAACCUCCUGCACAAGCUGUCGCUGAAUUAGCUAAGAAAAGGAAAACUAUAAUAAAACAUAAAAGUGCCAAUUAUGAAUCAACAGCAUUACAAAAGAAGCCACCCGAAACGUCUACACCAUCUGAUGAAAACAAUAAACUUUCGUCUGAAGAUCCGUCUAAACAAUUCACAACAACUGUAGAGCCAAUGUCGCCUUCUUCAGCUCAAAAUAGUCGAGCUCAGUUGGUUUUAUCUCCAACUAUGCUGCAACCGAACUUAAAUGAAGUUAAUGCACCGUCACCAAAUACGUUCAACGAUACAGCAAAACCUAAUUCAGCUCCUGCCAGUAGUUUUGAAAAGGGUCCUGUCGUUUGUAUAAAUUACGUAGUAAAACCGUCUGACAAAAACUCGAGACAUAUCUAUGAACUUGGUAAUAUCACUGUGGCGCAUCGAAUGCCAACACAGUCUGUAGCGUCAUCUGGUGGUAGAUGGUACGAUAAUAAUUACAAUAAAAAUGCAUAA